AUGUCUCUGGGAGUGAAUGGCUCAUGGAGGGGCUCUGUCCCAUCCUCCAUCCCUACUGCCUUCCUUUCUCACCUCUCCCCCAGCACUGACUUGGGAGUCGCCAUCUUCCUCAUCCUCACAGGUGUAGUGUCAGUGGUUGGGAAUGGCAUAGUGCUGUUGGUUUUCUGUAGAAAGAAGAAGAAACUCAGACCACCAGAACUCAUGACCGUCAACCUGGCCAUCUGUGAUUUUGGAUACAGCCUCUUGGGGGCGCCAUGCCUCAUCAUUUCCAGUGUGUCCCAUGGCUGGGUGUUUGGGGAAGCAGGGUGCCUGUGGUACGGGUUGCAGGGCUUUGUUUUUGGGAUUGGCUCCCUCAUCACCACCUGUCUCAUCUCUCUGGACCGCUGCCUCAAGAUCUGCAGCUUCAGAUACGGUCAGUGGAUAGAGAGACGUCACAUGUCCAUGUCCAUAGGACUGGUGUGGUUCUACUCUCUGUUCUGGGCCUCCCUGCCUGUCUUCGGCAGCUACGGACCAGAACCCUUUGGAACCAGCUGCACCAUCAACUGGUGGGGGAUGAGGUCAUCUUUGAUCGACAGGGUCUACAUCUUGCUGAUCCUGAUCAUGUGUUUUUUUCUCCCCACACUGACCAUCGUCGCCUCCUAUGUGACCAUUCUACUGACGGUUUACCGUUCUAGUCGCGUUCUGGCAUCUAUUCCCUCCUCAACUUUCACUCACACCAGCAAAGACCUGAGACUCACAAAGAUAGCAGCUGUGGUGUGCUCCACCUUCCUCUUAUCCUGGACUCCCUAUGCCAUCGUCUCCCUCUACUCCGCCUUGGCCCCCAAGGAGGAGCAUGGGGCCGGGGAGGCCAUGCAGGGAGGAGGCCCCUCCAUGGGGACUGGAGGAUCCACCGGGAUGGCCUCAGCCUUCCCACAUCCCCAACAUUAUGGUCUCCUCAAUUGGACCUCCACGGAAAACUACGGAAGUGUCUACUACGACCCUGGAGAAUCCUUGCGGGACGUGACCAACCCAGAUCCCUACUCCUAUUCUGGCUUAGGCCACAGUCUGUCUGCUGCUUCCACACGCAGUUCAGCCCCAGGCCAGGAGGGGGAGUCGGAGACAGGGAGCAACUGGCCAGUGUCCUGCCUGCCACCUAUGUUGUCUCUGAUACCAGCAAUGUUUGCCAAGUCUCACUGCAUGAUUAACCCCUUCAUCUACCAGAUCAUGAACAAGGAUUUCAGAGAGGACGUGUACGACAUACUGUUUGGGAGACAGAACGGGGAGAGGAGGAGAAUGCGGGGAAGAGGAGGGAGCUACUCUGACACCCCCAAAGGCAGCCUCUCCUACUGCCACAGCUGGCGAGGGAGGAGCAAGCCCAAGGCCGUGCCCAUGGUGGAGUUGGGGAAGAAAGAGAGGGCUGGUGACACCAUUUCAGAGGGGUGGGACGCCCUGGGCGUGGCCUCGCUGGACACACAGGUCAACAUGGACGGGCAGAGUCUGAGCGAGGCAGGGAGAGAGACAGAGAGAGAGCUGGGGGGUUCCACCUCUAGUAGUCUGCUGACCGAGUGA